AUGCCUGUGUCGUUCGCCCCUCCCCCGCUGUUCCUCACCUUGCUCCCCAUGCUGUCCCGCCUCCUGCCCUCCCUCCCCCCGACUGUGCGGGAUGUGGACGUGCCCCCUUUGUUUCGGGAGCGCUUCAUCCUGUCGGGGUACCGUCCCGUUGGCCUGACGUGGCGCUGCUACGUCCUCAGCCUCUUCCAGAUCCACAACGAGACGCUGAACGUGUGGAGCCACCUGCUGGCCGCCGCCUGCGUGGUCACCAGGUUCCUGCUGUUCACCGUCCUCCAGGGAGGGGGGAUCCUGGGUUUUCGGCUGCAGGGUCCUGAGGGUCAGGGGUUUUCUUUGGACGCCUCCUCGCUGCCUCUGGUCCUCUAUGUCUUCUCUGCUGUUAUAUACCUGAGCUGCAGCGCUGCGGCUCACCUGCUGCAGUCUCAUUCAGAGGAGGCACAUUACUCGCUCUUCUUCCUGGACUACGUGGGCGUAGCUGUCUACCAGUACGGCUGCGCUCUGGCUCUGUGCAUAUACAGCUCUGACACCGUCUGGAGGCAAAGCAUACUGGGACAGAUCUUCCUCCCAGCCGCCGCCCUCCUCGCCUGGUUCUCCUGCACCGCCUGCUGUUACGCAAAGCUUCGUUUCCGACGGCCAUACCCGCUGCACAGGAAGCUCUGCCAGGUGGUUCCCAUGGGCAUGGCCUACCUGCUGGACAUCAGCCCUGUGGUUCACCGCCUCGCCACGCACAGCUGGACCAGCAACUCUGCACUCCCACUGCACGGCCUGCAGGUGGUGCUGUUUCUACUCUCUGCUUUCUUCUUCUCUUGCCCCAUACCUGAGCGUUUCUCCCCCGGCUGCUAUGACAUCGUCGGCCACGGCCACCAGCUCUUCCACCUCCUCCUGUCGUUCUGCACGCUGGCCCAGCAGGAGGCGCUGUUCCACGACUUCCUGUGGCGGCGGCCGGCGCUGCUCAGAGAGUUCGGAGAGGAGAACCUCCUGCUGGCCUGCGCCUCCUUCCUCUGCCUGACGUUCUGCUGCGUGAUGACAGCGCUCACCAUGAGGCGGCGAGCUAAAGAACAACUGAUGAAAGAGCAAAUAUAG